AUGGCGAUUACGGGUUUUGAUCUCUAUUCGUCUGUGCUCUCGUCCCAUGUCCUUUCCCCCGCCGAGGUGUGGAAUGACGAAAUCAUCCAGGGAGGGCCAAGCCCAGCCGUGACAUCGGUAGGUAUCAAACCCGUCUCCUACUUGAUUCGAAAGUCACGCCUCUUUCAAUUAUCCGCGAAGGUCUGCAACUCCACGUACGGGGCAAGCUCAGAUGACUCGACGGCGCUUCGCCGCCUGGAUGCGAUGAUACGGGCCGAAAUCGACCCCCUGGAGCAGAAUUACGCCUCCAGGUCGGGAAUCGACUCCUCAGUCAUCCGUGCUAAUCUGCUACUCAGCUUCGCCCAUCAUCUGGUUCUCCUUUUCCACAGUACCAUACUGAAAGAGGUGUCGGUUUGUCCGCCGCAACAAAUCUGGUCGAAGCAAUGCUGCCUGCAAAGCGCACAGCGCAUCUUGGAACUCCAUGCCGACUUCCACAAAUCACCUCAAUUCACGCCUUUUCACUGGUAUAUCCGGGGCCGGGGCGCUUUUCACGCCGCAUUCAUCCUGGUGCUGAUCCUGUCCGUAGAGCCCCAGGAACCCUGUCCGUUGGAUGCUGUGCUGCUGUUGCAUAAUUGCCAUGCUCUGCUGGAGGCGUCAAAAGCACAGAGCCAACUCUGUACACACACCGCACGAAUCCUUGGCCAGAUGCUAUCAAGCAAGCGGCUGGGUGCUCCAGGGCUGGCGUCCGGUGAACCAGAAAGUGACUCACGCAACCUCGCCUCUCGGGGUGCCCAGUUAAAUCCUCAGAUCGACCUCGACCAGCCGAUGGAGACCGGCGAUGGCCGAGAUUUGAUAUCGGAAAGCGUAGAUUGUCCGGGUCUGUUGCGGCAGAUUGAGCCGCAGCAAUGGUUCAACCCCAUGGACAUGGAUUGGGAUCUGUGGGACUGGAUUAUGGCUGCAUCUGGAACGACACCCUGA